AUGCUCUCGGAGUACGUGUCGUGCGGAAAUUCAUCCCAGACUUACUUAGCCGCCGUCACCGCACCAAUGGUUGACCUUACGAAGAAAGACGCAGUGAAGUCGGUAGCAAAACGCUGGGGUCCGAAACAUGAUGAAGCAUUUGCCGAAGUGAAAUGAUUACUCACCAACGCUCCUGUUUUGCAUUUUCCGGUUUUCUCUAAAGAGUUUGUUAUUCACGUAGACGCAUCUGAAGUGGGAGCAGGAGCAUUCCUGGCACAACAGAAUGGCGAUGACGUGAAUAUCGUAGCAUACUUUAGCCAGCGAUCCAGCAAAAGCCAACAACACUACUCUGCCACC